AUGGUUAUAAUUUGGAUCUUGUUCCUGACUCUGUUGCAGGAGCCGUGGUCCCCAGGGCGGGCCGCGGCCGUGCCCGAGGCCGCCGGAGCCGCCCCCCGGCCGCGCCGGGAUGCGGGGGGACGCGGCGGCGUCUACGAGCACCUCGGGGGAGCGCCCCGGCGCAGGAAGCUCUACUGUGCCACCAAGUACCACCUCCAGAUCCACCCCAGCGGCAGGAUCAACGGCACGCUGGAGAAGAACAGCGCCUUCAGUAUUCUGGAAAUAACUGCUGUGGAUGUUGGAAUCGUUGCCAUCAAGGGCCUGUUCUCUGGCAGAUACCUGGCCAUGAACAAGAGGGGCAGACUUUAUGCAUCAGAGAACUACAACUCUGAGUGUGAGUUUGUGGAGAGGAUCCAUGAGCUGGGUUACAACACCUACGCCUCCCGUCUGUACCGGACUGUCCCCAGCAGGGCCAGCACCAAGCGCAAAGCCAGCGCUGAGAGACUCUGGUACGUCUCAAUCAAUGGCAAAGGACGACCCAGGAGGGGCUUUAAAACCCGCAGGACACAGAAAUCCUCUCUCUUUCUGCCCAGAGUGCUGGAUAACAAAGACCAUGAGAUGGUCCGGCAGUUCCACACAAACACAAAAUACCGGGAGAGUCUCCUGAAGGCCCCAAGCAAGAACCAGCGCAGAAGGAGAGGACACUGACGGGGUGGG